AUGUCUGGCAAUGCGAUGGACGUCGGCCAUCUUGUACAACUUGUACCCAGGGGGGGAACAGACUGUGUAUAUGGGGCUGAAGCUACCAACAAGAGCAAGAGUGACUUGAUUCUGGACGUCGCUAUCCGGUCGGAAAGUCUCCUGCAGCAGUUAUCCGCCCAGCUCGCCCAAGCAUCCCACCGAAGUCCAGCUAAUAUCUCCUCUGUGGCAUCUCCUGGGAAUGCAAUCUCCCCCAGCACUGUUAGUAAUUUUGGUCGCGGAGAGGGGCCCUCUGAUCAUAUUUCAAACGCCAUUUUGUCACCAUUCCAUGCGUCAACGACGGAAUCUAUUUUAUCGUGGCCGCAUUUCGGUGAAUUCCGAAGUUUGAUCAAAGAGAGUAAAUUUUCUGUUUUCCAACUCGAAAAUGCGCGCAGGCCACUGUCCCACAGGCCGUCACCCCCUCAACCAUUUAUGACGAAGAGCGACAUAGAAAAAACAAUUCGAAGCUUCGAGCGAGGAAUCAACUUCUGGUAUCCCACCAUGGCGAGAUCUACUGCAAAAAGCUUGAAGGAAUAUCUAUUGUCAGGCGCGGUAAAAGAGAGUACCCGCUCAUGCCUAGCAUUAUUAGUGAUGGCUCUGGGGUGUUCCUCCGAGCUCGUGGGAUUAUUCACGACCAAGGAAACCCCAGAGACACACUCGGUUGAGAUAGAAACUCAACAACGAUUUCUGGCUUCGAUGUACUUCGAAUGCGCAUUUAAGAAAAUCCCGUUGGCACAAGCGGAAUUCACAGCGGAUGCAGUCCAGUGCCUAUUUUUCACGGGGCCGCUCCAGGCUUGGUCGUUCAUAAGCGCAGCUGCAACUAAGUGUAGGCUCCUUUUAUCCUAUACACCCUCCGACCAACCUCCAGAGAGAUUAGAGUGCCUUCGCAGGAUAUUCUGGUCCUGUUAUAUACUCGAGAGUGACUUUCUGGCUGAACUAUCCGCCCUUCCACAAACAGGCAUUGCGGAGAUCGAAUCCCUUAUUCCUCUCCCGGGCGAAUACUCCACCCAGGAGUCACAGAGCGACCAGGAACAAUCUUCUCUUUACUUUCUCGCUUGCAUCUCAAUGCGUCGACUCCUAAACCGUGUUCAUGAUCUUCUUUAUGCCCGUAAUGAUGGAGUGGGGUUUGACAAUAAUCAAUUCCCCUCCGUGGUUUCGGAGCUCGGUCAUCAACUGGAAGAGUGGAAGGAUCUUCUCCCAUUUCACUUUCAGUUUUCGGUUGAUCUCGACACUACAAAAUCUCCAGAAGGUGCAUUCCUUCGUCAGCGGUAUUUGACCUGCAAGAGUGUCAUUUACCGGCCUUAUCUUACAUGGGCGCUGUCAAAUGGGGAAGAGGUAGUCGAAUGCCCCCCCGAUUGUAUUUGA